AGGAGAUCCUGUGCGUCACGGCGGGCAGCGACGUCGUCGCGUGUGCGACUAACGCGAGGUUGCUGCGGCUGUUCACGCCAAUGGGCACGCAGAGACAGGUCUGAUGAUGCUUCGACUUCAAGGGUAAAAACGAAUAAAACCACAGAUUGUAUACGAGGAACACCGCCAAAAUAUGGCUACAGCAACAUAGAAAUGACUCCACGAAAAAAAAAACUUGUAAAAAAGUUGCAGCGAACACAGUGUUUGUUAUCAUCACUCUCAAAAACAUCCGUCGAUUUGGACAAAUUAGAUUCCGAUUUUCUGAAAAAUGUUGUAUCAGACUCUCUGAAAAAUCAAGCCCGGAAACCUAGAGGCAAGCGAUGGAAUUUAAUUAACAAAAUUUCUGCUUUACAAAUUUUUAAGAGGUCACCCAAGACAUACCGUUUUCUGCAGCAUAUAAUGCCUUUGCCCAGUGUUCGAACAAUUCAACGCUUACUUAAAGCUGUAGAAAUUAAUCCUGGUAUUAAUACCUCAACUCUGAAAAUGUUAAAAGAGAAAGCUUCAACUAUGUUACCAAAUGACAAAAUCUGCGCGUUAUUGUUUGAUGAGAUAUCAUUAGAAAAGCGGCUAAUUUACAAUGAAUGUUCAGAUAAAGUUGAGGGAUAUGUUGACUACGGAUCUGGAGAAUACCGCGGAAAGAAAAACGAGAUAGCAGAUAAAGCUCUAGUCUUUAUGCUUCAAGGAAUUCGCAACGAAUAUAAACAGCCAUUGGCGUUUUAUUUCGUUAAAGGCACUAUUUCCUCAGAAAACUUAUUGAGUAUUAUCAAGGAAAUUAUUGCCACUGUUGAAGAUAUUGGUUUCACAGUCAUCAGUACGGUUUGUGAUCAAGGACCGACAAACUGCGGAGCAUUAAACAUUGCUCAAAAAGUUAUCACAUUUACCGUCUACUGCUAACUAUUUUCUAGUGAAUCAGAGAAAAAUAUAUACAGUUUUUGACGUUCCCCACUUAUUCAAGUCAAUUCGAAAUAACUUUUAUGAAGCCGGGUCUAUGAAAUUUGACGGUAAAGUGGCUAAGUGGCAACACUUACGUGACGCAGAAGCCAUAAAUACUGGAAUGUUGUACUUUCAUAAAGUAUCUUCUGUAAUGCUAGAUCCAAAACAAAAACAUAAAAUGAAAGUGAAAUAUGCCGCUCAAACUCUAAGUAAUACUUUCGCAGCUAUUCUAAAGAUGAUUGCAGAAAAAUAUGAAGACACAGAGUACGGAAAAGAAGUGGCACAAACAUCCGAGGUAGUACGGGACCUUAAUAAUUUAUUUGAUUCUACUAAUGGCCCAUCAAACCCAAAAGAUGUAAUAAAGGGACGAAGACAAAAUGUGUCUCGUAAAACCAAUCACAUAGAAAUCUGGAAUAGUUUUUUGAAAAAGCUGAAGUCAAUGGAGUUCAUGAAAUCAGAUAGCAGGUUAAGAUUAAAAAGAGUCAGAUGCGUGGAAGGUUAUAUUGUAACCAUAAAUUCGCUUAAAGAUAUCUGGUGUUAUUGUAAGAAUCAAGGAUUUAACUAUUUGAAUUUACGCUCACUGAAUCAAGACGCUCUUGAAAACCUAUUCGGACUUAUACGACAGAAUAGCCCUACAAAUCGAAAUCCUACCUGCACACAUUUUGUAAGUGCAUUGAAAUCAAUUCAUAUUUCUGGAAUGAAUGCACCACAUAACCGAGGAUCUAAUUGCGAAGAAGAUUUGAACAAGUUAUUGCUUGUCAAUCCAUUAUGCCAACAUGAUGUUGAUGGUGAUGAGAAACUCACAUCAAUGACUACCAAUGAAGAAGAAGAAUAUCCUGUUUUAAUGAUACCUGAAAAUGAAUUGGAGGAGCAAAUUGAAACAGAUUUAACAGACAUAGAAAAUCAACCUAUUGUAUAUUUAAGCGGUUACAUAGCUUAUAGACUGUUGAAGAACGUAGGCUGUCAAAUGUGUUCUAAUUUGCUGAAACUGGAAGAUGUUACAGAUCACCCAAUGUAUAAAUUUAUAAGCUUGCGGGAGUGGUGGCAAGAAAAGAAAUCAUUAACGUACCCAUCUAUCCAGCUGUGUCGUACAAUUGAGGAAGCGAAAAACUAUUUUGAAAAAAAUAGUCAUUUAUUAUAUGAAGAAAAUGUCGGGCAAAUGUUUUGCACACUUUUUGCGGCAAACAUUAACAUAACCUGGUGGACAUGUAAGGAACAUGAGGAUUUCAUGAAAAAACAAUUAUUUUGGUUUGUGACCAAAAUCUUAAUUAGAAGACAGUGCCAAAUAUUAAAUUCGGAUAUUAUUAAAACAGAAGAAAUUUCUGCGAACGCUGCAAAGAUAGCUCAACUAAGAAGCGCUGCAAAAUAAUAUAUGUAAUUACGAGUAUGCAAUAUCAAUUCCACGCGGACGAAGUCGCGGGCAACACCGCGACUUCGUCCGCGUGGAAUCUUAUCUUCAACAUUUUACAUCUU